AUGGAGAGCGACGGGGGGAUUCUCCCGGCCGGCGCUCUCGGGGAGGCGACCGAGUCCCCACGGUGGCCGCUGCCGCCUGAGGAAGAGGGCGCGGCAAGGCUGGCGGGGCCGGAGGGGCCCGACGGGCCGGCGGGGCCCGACGGGUCGGCCGAGAGCGCGGCGGCUGAAGGCGGGCCGCGGCGGCCUCUGAGGGUGGUAUACCUGUGUGGCGAGAACCCGCAGGGCGGCGCUGCCGGCGGCCCUGAGGUGGGGGCGCGACAGUGCCUGCUGCGGGCCUGUGAGGCUGAGGGCGCUCGCCUCACCUUCGUGCCCUUCCGGGAGCUCGAUAUUGGAAAGACGGCCUCGCUCGACGCCUUCUACAGCGCAGAUGUUGCGGUGGUGGACAUGAGUGAUAUCUCUAGACAGUCUUCGUUCUUCUACUAUCUUGGAGUUCGAGAAAGCUUCUACAUGGCCAAUAAUGUGAUCCUGUAUUACGACAUCGAUGCUGACACUACUCUUUCAUUGAAGGAUAUGGAAAUUCAGAAAAACACAGCAUCUAGUGGGAAUUAUUAUUUCAUCCCGUACAUCGUGACACCCUGCGCUGAUUAUGUUUGCUGUGAGAGUGAUGCCCAGAGGCGUUUCUCAGAGUACAUGCAGCCCCACUGGGACACCAUCCUCGGUCCGUUGUGCGUGCCCCUGGUGGACAGGCUUAUUAGCCUCCUGAAGGACAUCCACGUGAUUUCAUGUGCAUAUUACAAAGAAACCUUGUUACAUGACAUCCGGAGAGCCAGAGAGAAAUACCAGGGCGAUGAACUGGCAAAGGAGCUGACUCGGAUCAAACUCCGCAUGGAUAGUACCGAGGUUCUGACCUCAGACAUCAUCAUUAAUUUACUGCUGUCCUACCGCGAUAUCCAGGACUAUGAUGCAAUGGUGAAGCUGGUAGAAACACUGGAAAUGCUGCCUACGUGUGAUUUGGCCGACCAACAUAAUAUUAAAUUCCUCUAUGCAUUUGCACUGAAUAGGAGAAACAGCACAGGUGACCGUGAGAUGGCUCUACAGAUCAUGCUCCAGGUUAUGCAGAGCUGUGACCGCCCGGCCCCCGACAUGUUCUGCCUGUGUGGAAGGAUCUACAAGGACAUGUUUUUGGAUUCAGACUGCAAAGAUGACUACAGCCGGGACAGUGCCAUUGAGUGGUAUCGCACAGGGUUUGAGCUCCAGUCAUCUCUUUAUUCAGGAAUUAACCUUGCAGUUUUGCUGAUAGUUUCUGGACAACAAUUUGAAACAUCCAUGGAACUAAGGAAAAUAGGUGUCCAGCUGAGCAGUUUGUUAGGAAGAAAAGGGAGCUUGGAGAAAAUGAACAAUUACUGGGACGUGGGCCACUUCCUCAACGUCAGCAUGUUGGCCAGUGAUGUCGGGAAGGCCGUGCAGGCAGCAGAGAGGUUGUUCAAACUGAAACCUCCAGUCGGGUACCUGCGAUCAUUAGUUCAGAAUUUGUUAUUAAUUCAGCGCUUCAAGAAACCCAUUAUCGAACGUUCACCCAGGCAAGAACGGCUUAACUUCUGGUUAGAUAUAAUUUUUGAGGCAACAAAAGAAGUUACUAAUGGACUCAGAUUUCCAGUUCUGAUGAUAGAACCAAACAAAGUCUACCAGCCUUCAUAUGUCUCUGUAAACAAUGAAGCUGAGGAGGGAACCGUUUCUCUGUGGCAUGUCUCACCCAUGGAAAUGAAACAAAUCCAUGAAUGGAAUUUUACAACCUGUUCCAUUAAGGGAAUAAGCAUAUCCAAGUUUGAUGAACGGUGUUGUUUUCUUUAUGUCCAUGAUAAUUCUGAUGACUUCCAAAUCUACUUUUCCACCGAAAACCACUGUAGUAGGUUUUGCUCUUUGGUCAAAGAUAUGAUAACCAAUGCAAUGGGCAGUACAGUGGAGCUAGAGGGAGACAACGAUGAGGACACCUUAGAGUAUGACUAUGACUGCGAUGAGAAUGGUAAUCGAGUUAUACUGGGGCAAGGCACGUAUGGGAUCGUGUAUGCGGGAAGAGAUCUGAGCAAUCAAGUGCGAAUAGCCAUCAAAGAAAUCCCAGAGAAAGACAGCAGGUUCGCCCAGCCUCUACACGAGGAGAUAGCCCUGCACAAGUACCUCAAGCACCGCAAUAUCGUUCAGUACCUGGGCUCUGUUUCCGAGAACGGCUACAUUAAGAUAUUCAUGGAGCAGGUGCCUGGGGGAAGCCUUUCUGCUCUUUUGCAAACAAAGUGGGGGCCGAUGAAGGAGCCCACCAUCAAGUUUUACACCAAGCAGAUCCUGGAAGGCCUUAAUUAUCUCCACGAAAACCAGAUCGUGCACAGAGACAUAAAGGGUGAUAAUGUUCUAGUGAAUACCUACAGUGGAGUGGUGAAAAUCUCCGAUUUUGGAACCUCAAAACGUCUUGCAGGAAUGAAUCCAUGCACAGAGACUUUUGCUGGCACUCUGCAGUACAUGGCACCUGAGGUUAUCGAUCGAGGACCUCGCGGGUAUGGUGCCCCGGCUGAUAUCUGGUCCCUGGGCUGUACCAUCAUUGAGAUGGCCACUAGCAUGCCUCCAUUCCAUGAGCUUGGCGACCCGCAGGUAGCAAUGUUCAAAGUGGGGAUGUUUAAGAUCCACCCAGAGGUUCCUGAAGCUCUUUCAGCAGAAGCCAGAGCCUUCAUUUUGUCCUGUUUUGAGCCUGACCCCCACAAACGUGUCACUGCCGCCCACCUACUCAAAGAGGGUUUCUUAAGGCAGGUGAACAAGGCCAAGAAGAGCCGAAUUGCUUUCAAGCCAUCAGAGGGUGCCCGGGGCACGGCCCUGGCACUGUCCACACAGAGGGAACCCACAGGCAACAGCGAAGUUAUCGAUGUGUCCUCGGACUCGGAUUCCUACUCGCAUGUGUCCUUCGAGAAGGCCCGGGAGCCCAAGCGCCAGCUCAGCCUGCUCAGUGUUCCGGAUGAGAGCUCGACCUGGGAAGACCAGAGCACAGCCUCAUCCACCGAGGACAGGGACCUGGGCCUCUUCCAGCUGCGCAAGGACAGUGAGCGACGCGCUAUCCUGUACAAAAUCCUCUGGAAGGAGCAGAACCAGGUGGUUUUCAACCUGCAGGACUGCGUUUUGCAGAGUUCUGAAGAGUUGCACCUCUCAGUCGGCCACAUCAAGCAAAUAAUUGGGAUUCUGAGGGACUUCAUCCACACCCCGGAGCACAGGGUGAUGGCAUUGAUGAUAUCAAAGCUAAAGGUGGACCUGGACUUUGACAGCGCAUCCAUCAGUCAGAUUCACCUGAUACUGUUUGGAUUUCAGGAUGCUGUAAAUAAAAUUUUGAGGAACCACUUAAUUAGGCCCCACUGGAUGUUUGCGAUGGACAACAUCAUCCGGCAAGCAGUGCAGGCUGCAGUCACCAUUCUCAUCCCAGAGCUCCGAACCUACCUUGAGCCGACCGAAGGGGUAGACAUGGAAGAGGACCAUCUCCCAGCAGAGCUACCUGGAAGCGAAGCACAUGCGAUAUGCGGAGGGAGCAGACCCGCUUCAGCACUUGAUGAGGCCCAGCCCCAGCAGCGCCUGAGCCUCCAGCUGGGCGAGCUCAGGCAGGAGACCAACAGACUUUUGGAACACCUACUUCAAAGAGAGAGAGAAUACCAGAAUCUUCUACGGCAGAACCUAGAACAGAAAACUCAAGAAUUGUAUCAACUUCAGUUACAAAUCAAAUCUGAUGGGAACCCAGCAUCCCCGCCUGAGCAGAGGACAAAUAAAGACCUUGUAGACUGGUUACAACUGCAAGGAGCAGAUGCAAAUGCAAUUGAAAAGAUUGUUGAAGAGGGUUUUACACUUUCUGAUAUUCUUAAUGAUAUCACUAAGGAAGAUCUAAGAUAUCUUAGACUACGUGGUGGGCUCCUCUGCAGGCUCUGGGCUGCAGUCUCCCGGUACAGAAGACAGGCUCAGGAGUCUCUGGCCACCCACAAUGAUGCUUAACCAGCCAGCUGGGCCAGGGCGAAGAGGGAGCAAGGAGCUGAUGUGUCUGCUGCUAAAGCAUUACUGCUGUUUAAGAUGUUUCUUUUAACAUGUUGUUAAUGUGUGUGAUAGAUGAGUAGAACUGUAUGUACUGAGAACAGUGAUUGUGAGCCCUAAUUUUGACUAGGGUAUUAUAGAAUUCUUAAAAAGAAAUUUUAAUAUAUUUCAAUGAAAAAAUUAGUACACCCUAUAUGGCACUCAUUGGAAAGGUGCAACAAUGGGUGUUCAAAAUAAUUUGAGUUCAAAAUAACAUAAAAGGCUGGAAAUCACUGUUUAAGGUUAUACGUUACUAUUAACUGGCAUUGCAUUUAAAUUUGUAAAAGAAAUU